AAUGUACAGCUGAUCUAGUUGGAAAACAACUGGGACUCAAGAGGUAAUGAGUCCUAUCGCUAUUGGUAUUGGUUUCCCACCCGAAAUGGCUACAUGCAGCUCGAUCCGGCUUCAAGCCUUGAAUCUUCCGUUCCGUCCUUUGGGAUGCUUUCUUCUUCCGCCUUAUGCCUUUUGAACGGGAGAAAGAGAUGAUUCUUUUUGAGGAUUGGCCUAUAAAUUGGCAUUGGCCGGGCUCUUUUUUUUUUUUCUCCUUUAUUUUCGGCGAGCAGACGAUGAUUGUGGUCUUCGUGGAUACGCCUUUGAUAGAGCUGGAAAGCCUUUCUUCUCUUAUGAUCGGGAGAGAAUGCGGUUAGCAGCUGGGCUUGACAAAUGGGCUAAAACCAUACCGUGGGAGAAAGCCAUAUUGGUCAGUUGAAGUUGAAGAUCUCCGCACCUUUGGUUCAAAACUUGGUCGAAUACAUCGUUAACCUUUGUGGUGGAUCGACGAGAGUGCGCCUAGCUAGGAGUGUGGUUGGUGUCAUCACCUCUCGUGUGCUAGCUCUGCCUUCGCCGGAUGCUUAUUCGCCUACUCUUUCACGGAGCGAUGACUAACAGCCGAGGAUUCGGUUAGUAGAGACUUGAUUCCAACCACGGAUGAGGAUCCAUUUCAUCCAUCUUACCCCACCUGUCCUCGAUGAGCGGAAAGAUUCUGGCAACAGACUAAUCUCGCUAAGUCCGCUGCUUCACCUCUUAGGACAGCUGCUGAAUGCGAUUAAGGGGACAAUGAGUGAGUCGAGCAGGAGAGACGCACGCCGGUGUCACGGUAAACGGACGAGACGCUGUGGCCUUAAGACCCUGACAGACAGGUCGGUGUCGACGUAAAGCCCUGAGACCUUUCAAGGGCGACCCGGCAUACAUGUCUUUCCUUGGGUUUCAACCGGGAUCGCAACUAGUCGAACAUUCACAUUUAUAGAAAUCCUCUUCCUGAGUGAGGAAGUCUUCGGCGCCGAUACAUUGGUUCACCCAUAGGCUUUCAAGGCUAUGAGUUCGGGGUUUAGUAAACCGAGGUAAUUCAACUAGUGAAAUGAUUCUCCUUCUUUAGUAAUUGCAUGGCAUUGUGUGCUUUAUUAAGCUAGAAAGUUUUUUACUGACGGAUCGAAAGAAGAUAGAAUUUAUCGGACUCUGGGUACCGACAGAAGUCAAGGAAAAGUGCCGGUGGGGGAAGGGGAUUGCGUCUAUUGCGAUACUUUGUAUCGUUUAUUUCAUUCCUGAAAGAAAGCGAAAUUCUCACUCAAGUACCCAUCCUAAGAGCAGAGAAGGAAACCUGCGCAGAAGAGGCGAUAGCUGGUAUAGAAGCGUAAACACCGCCCCUCUCUAAGGCGCCCACGGAGCGGUAAGCGAGAAGCAGGCGUAAAGAAGGAAAGAGAUACUUGGUAGGCGGGCGAUAGACUACUUCUUGAAAGAUGGACUUUGUGUGAAGCUUUCGGAAGGAGUAGUCCAUGGCGAGUGUAUCUAUCUCCACGCAGAGGCGAUACGGAGGAAUGAAAGGGUGAUGGUCCUACUAAUGAGUUUAAAGAAGGGGUGACAGAGUUGGUAAGCAACGACCUUACGCGAGUCUAAAGGGGAAGGUUAGACCUUUAGGAAAUAACGUAUGUAAUAUGCCUACAGGCCGAAUCGAAUAUAGAAUGAAAAGAAGCGGGUGUACCGAUCCCAGAAAGCAAGAAGUAAGCUUUGGCGUAAAGGUUGAAGCUCAUAGGCAGUAACCUAAGUCCUAAGAAGCUCCAAUCAUGCUGCUAUGCUUAACAUAUGCAAAUCAAACGAAGUUUUUUCGGAAACCAUUUUUGUACGUCUUUCCUAUUCCCAUGCUUGUAGUUGGUCAACAACCAACAUGUUUGUUCUGAGCCUCUUUCUCUUUUUUGGGAGGAGCGGAAAAAUCAAAGAAACUGAUUUUAUAAUGCCAGGGUGGAUAAAAGCCUUUUUUCUUUUUAUACUAAACCUUUUUUCCAAAGCAGAAAAACCACAAGUAGAUGAAUCCAUCUCGACCAUGCCAAAAGAAGAGAUAGCCAAAAAAAUGUCAGACUACUUUAAAGAUGAUGGAUAAAAGCCAGAGUUACGAAUGAGAAAGAAAAAAGUGUAAGGUUUCGUUGGAAAAACCAACGCAAAUAUCAUAUUGACUUUCUCUCGCUCUACUUCUAAAGAUAGAUAGAAAAGGUUGGAGAGAGUGACUUUCUGAAAUUCUCUCCUUUCCAAAGCUGCGCAAGGCGGCCCCCCCAGAACAAAGCCCCACCCCUCUUUUCCCCCCUUUAAUGAAAGACCCUCGCCUCGCUUCCUAUUCAUUUGUGGGUCUGGACCCGAGGUCUUUUUUUUUUUCAAGAGGUGAUUUCGAGAAUCAACCAACCGACAAAUCCGUAGCCCGGGUGACUCACAGCCUCCCUCUCGCCCAAACGAAAUGGGAUGAAUCAAAUCAAUAAGCUUUUUGAUUUAUUCAAGGCGCAGCGAAGCCAAAUUCAAUCAAGGCAAGGGGGCCUCCUUUUCCUGACGCUGAGUCAUCCUAUUCAAAUUUAGCUAUGCUAAUCGAACAGGAAAAGUUUUCAGAUGAUAUGGACCCCCACUUAGGGGUCGCACCCUGUCCCGCUUGGUGGACGAAAUCUUCUCUCCUUUUAGAAUUUUUUCUCCCACACACCUUUGCCCUCUUUCACCGAGGAGGAAAGAAUAAUCUUCCAAGCGGACAGAGACCUAAAUUUCCAUUAGAUUCAUUCCUAAGCUUGCUUUGUUGCAGCAAGAUGAUCAGUCCGAGAGUGCUGGAGAGAAGAGAAAGGGUCGAUGUAAUUGAGCUCUGAUUCGGUCACUGAGCAGUCGGACGACUCUUCAGUAACCCAGGAUGACCCGACCCCUUCGACGCUUCUUUCGCUGUAUACCCCCUCCAUCCUUCGGAGGUGGAAGAAAAGGUACUUUCAAUUUAUAUAUAUAGUAGGGCCCCAGAACGCUAAAAGGUGGGGGAACAAGAGUUGUAACAAUAUAAUAAUAGGGAAAUAAUGACUAUAAGGAACCAACGAUUAUCUCUUCUUAAACAACCUAUAUCCUCCACACUUAAUCAACAUUUGAUAGAUUAUCCAACCCCGAGCAAUCUUAGUUAUUGGUGGGGGUUCGGUUCGUUAGCUGGUAUUUGUUUAGUCAUUCAGAUAGUGACUGGCGUUUUUUUAGCUAUGCAUUACACACCUCAUGUGGAUCUAGCUUUCAACAGCGUAGAACACAUUAUGAGAGAUGUUGAAGGGGGCUGGUUGCUCCGUUAUAUGCAUGCUAAUGGGGCAAGUAUGUUUCUCAUUGUGGUUCACCUUCAUAUUUUUCGUGGUCUAUAUCAUGCGAGUUAUAGCAGUCCUAGGGAAUUUGUUUGGUGUCUCGGAGUUGUAAUCUUCCUAUUAAUGAUUGUGACAGCUUUUAUAGGAUAUGUACUCCCUUGGGGUCAGAUGAGCUUUUGGGGAGCUACAGUAAUUACAAGCUUAGCUAGCGCCAUACCUGUAGUAGGAGAUAACAUAGUGACUUGGCUUUGGGGGGGUUUCUCCGUGGACAAUGCCACCUUAAAUCGUUUUUUUAGUCUUCAUUAUUUACUCCCCUUUAUUUUAGUAGGCGCCAGUAUUCUUCAUCUGGCCGCAUUGCAUCAAUAUGGAUCAAAUAAUCCAUUGGGUGUACAUUCAGAGAUGGAUAAAAUAGCUUCUUACCCUUAUUUUUAUGUAAAGGAUCUAGUAGGUUGGGUAGCUUUUGCUAUCUUUUUUUCCAUUUGGAUUUUUUAUGCUCCUAAUGUUUUGGGGCAUCCCGACAAUUAUAUACCUGCUAAUCCGAUGCCCACCCCGCCUCAUAUUGUGCCGGAAUGGUAUUUCCUACCGAUCUAUGCCAUUCUUCGUAGUAUACCUGACAAAUCGGGAGGUGUAGCUGCAAUAGCACCAGUUUUUAUAUGUCUGUUGGCUUUACCUUUUUUUAAAAGUAUGUAUGUACGUAGUUCAAGUUUUCGCCCGAUUCACCAAGGAAUAUUUUGGUUGCUUUUGGCGGAUUGCUUACUACUAGGUUGGAUCGGAUGUCAACCUGUGGAGGCACCAUUUGUUACUAUUGGACAAAUUUCUCCUUUUGUUUUCUUCUUGUUCUUUGCCAUAACGCCCAUUCUGGGACGAGUUGGAAUAGGAAUUCCUAAUUCUUACACGGAUGAGACUGAUCAGUGAAAAAUUCUGACACCAAUCCAUCUACGAGUGAGUAUUACACCAAUCAUUUACAAGCGGGAGAGGAAGGCAGAGGAAAUUCUUUCAGAUGUUAUACAGUUAGUAAUUUACAUCCAUCAAGUAGUGCGGACCAGUCUUAAUUCAAGGUUUCGAAGGGUCCUUGGUUGGCCAAUCGUCCCAGAUUCACUUCUCAGUCCCUUGAUACCGAACUUUCUUCUCUUAAGAUCUUUCUAGUAACCUUUGAACACCUCUGCUCCUGGAACGGAAUGCUAGGAAAGAGCAGUGAUGCUACGCCCCUUUCAGAUAAAGUGAACGAGAAGACGGUUAACUCACAUCUUCGGUUACCCU